AUGGGAGGCCCGGUGUUUUUGGUCGUCGCCUACUGCAUCAUAACCGGCCUGGUAUUUGGCAUCGUGACUGCGACGACUGAAAUGUCUUCGUACUUACCUGUUCCUGGCCCUUCUAUGUCAUAUUAUGCUAGUCGCUUCUUCUCCAACAGCCUAGGGUUUGCCUUGGGCUGGAUGUACUGCUAUAUCUUUGCUAUCACGGUACCAGCUGAGAUAACGGCCGCAAGCCUUGUAAUUCAGUAUUGGAGCCCUCCAGUGCGUGUGGCUGUAUGGAUUACAAUCUUUAUUGUUCUUCUUGUUGUACUGAACUGUUUUCCGGUUGGGGUUUACGGUGAAGUGAUUAGCAUCAUUGGUCUUAUCAUCAUGGCCGUGGUGCUUGUCUUUGGAGGAGGUCCCAACCGCGAGUUGCUUAGUUUCCAUUAUUGGAAGCACCCAGCUCCGGUCAACGAGUAUCUGGUUCCCGGUCAUGUUGGCCGCCUGAGUGCCUUUGUGGCUACCAUCUGCCAUUCCGUGUAUGCAUUCGGCUUCGCCCCAGAACUUCUUAUCGUCACCGGCGGGGAGAUGGAGUCCCCCCGACGCAACCUACCAACCGCAGGAAAACGGUACUUCUACCGACUCGUGCUUUUCUACAUUAUUGGAGCUUUUGCCAUCAGUCUGAUUCUGUCGAGUGACGAUCCCAAGCUACUUGGAGGUGGGUCUGGCGCGGGAGCCUCCCCAUGGGCAAUCGCGGCCCGGAACGCAGGCAUAGUGGGCUUGGACUCAGUCAUCAACACAGUGAUACUGCUCUCAGCAUUAUCCGCCGGCAAUUCUUAUUUCUAUAUGUCAACGCGCGCCCUCUACUCGACCGCCUUGAUAGGCAGUGCACCGCGAUUUCUGAUGAAAUGCACCAAAUCUGGCGUUCCCUACAAUGCCGUCGCGUGCACCACCGCCAUCUGUCUCCUCUCCUAUCUCAAUGUAUCCUCAACCGGAGCGACCGUGUUUAAUUGGUUCGUCAAUUUGAUUAACACUGGAGCCUUUCAGAGCUGGAUCUGUGUUUGUACCAUGUAUCUGCGAUUCAGAAAGGCCAUUGAUGCCCAGGGCGUGACGGACCUGCCCUAUCGAUCCCGAUUUCACCCCUAUAUGUCGUACAUCUCUGGCGGUAUGUUCAGCCUAUUGCUUCUCUUGAAUGGUUUCAAGAACUUCAUCCACGGCCACUGGGAUACGUCCAACUUUCUCACGUGUUAUAUCGCCCUUCCCAUCUUCCUGGUCUUGUAA